ACUGCGCAGGCGUCAGGCACGGAGAGCGGAAGCGGAAGGCUUGACGCGUCGGUUGGGCGCCUCAGGGACUAGUAACCAUGCGCGGCUUGGAGGAGUCGGGAUGUGGGUCUACAGCGACCCCGUGCGGCUGCGUGAAGCCAUCCUUGGAGACAGGGAAUCUUUUAACUGAGCCUAUAGGCUACUUGGAAUCCUGUUUCUUGGCCAAGAAUGGUACUCCAAGACAGCCAUCCAUUUGUAGCCAUUCGCGGGCCUGUUUGAGGAUUAGAAAGAGCAUCUUUAAUAAUCCUGAACAUUCCUUGAUGGGCUUAGAGCAGUUUUCUCAUGUUUGGAUUUUGUUUGUUUUUCACAAAAAUGGCCAUUUGAGCUGUAAGGCAAAAGUGCAACCUCCUAGGCUGAAUGGUGCAAAGACUGGAGUUUUUUCCACAAGGAGCCCUCAUCGUCCCAAUGCUAUAGGACUGACCCUGGCCAAGCUGGAAAAGGUAGAAGGUGGAGCUAUAUACCUUUCUGGAAUUGAUAUGAUACAUGGCACACCCGUACUAGACAUUAAACCCUACAUAGCUGAUUAUGACUCACCACAAAAUUUGAUGGAGCCUUUAGGGGACUUUAAUUUACAGAAUAACCAGCAGAAACCAAAAGCCACGUUCCAUUCUGAUGGCGAGACCAAUAGCUGUUACCAGCGACAGUGCCCAGGGUGCGGUGAGCCAGAACCCUACCACAGCACUAAGGGGAAGCCUAAAUAUCCUGAAGGCAGAACUUCAGAAGAAAACUGCCUGAAACACAGAGACAGAGCAGAACUCCAGCGGAUCUUGCCUAUGCACAGGGAGGUAGCAGCAGAUUUUGGUUUGGAAUCAAGAAGUGAUCAGAGACUGAGUGUGGCAGAAAAACAAGCUGGCCCACAUUGCCUGGAGAAGAGCUUUUCAGAGGGAGGUACAGAUAAGAAGCUAAGGAGCGUGGAAGGAGCAGCAGUUCUACCAGGAAGCAGUACAGAGGUGCGGCCUGCAGCUCGCUACUGCCCUGCCAGGGUGGCUGAUGGAUCCCCCUGCAGCCUGGUUCCUGCCUGGGUGAGAGAGGCCCCCGUGGCCACUUUAGAAGUGCGAUUUACUCCUCAUGCUGAAAUGGACCUUGUACAGCUCAGUUCAGCAGAGGUUGGUCAUUCCUCAUUUAAAUAUUUUCAGUCAGCAGAGGAAGCAAAGCGGGCCAUCGAGGCUGUGCUGUCAGCAGAUCCUCGGUCUGUUUACCGUCGGAAGCUCUGCCAGGACCGCCUUUUCUACUUCACUGUAGACAUAGCACAUGUCACUUGCUGGUUUGGUGAUGGCUUUGCAGAGGUUCUGAGGAUCCAGUUGGCAUCUGAACCUGCUCAGAUAACUGAUUCUGUGGAGUCCUUGUUGUCUUGAGGAGCCUCCAUCAUGUCUUCAAGGUGGCCUCGCUGACCUCUGAAUGUGGCUUUUGGAUUUUCUGGACAAGCUAAUGAUGUGCCGAGAAGCAACACUUUGAGAUCCACUGCUUUGAUUGACUUGGGCUGUUGAGAAUAUGUAUUUUAAUAAACUUAACUGAACAGUAUAAAAAAAUACACUGUAUACUUUUGGACCUGUUGAUAUUAAAGAAUCCAAAGCUGA